GCAUGACCGGUGGCUGCUGUCUUCCUCGUUUGUCAAGUGACGGUUGUGCCAUGGAUAUUUCCUCAUCCUCAGGUCCAGCAGCCAACAUAGAGGCCGAUCAACUCAUCUGUCCACUUGAUGGAGAUCGUGAAGUCGUCGGGUACGAGAACGACGAGAUAAAUGUAGUUGCCGUGGAACAUGGAGAUGAAGACGCACAAGGAACUCAGGUCGCUAAUAAAAUUCAACAAACUUCAUUUGUUCAAGAAGUUGGAAUGGCUUUUGAAUCAGAGAAUAGUGCUUAUGAGAUGUAUAACAGUUAUGCUGGUAAGAUUGGAUUUAGUAUUAGAAAAGGUACAACAAAACACCGGCCAGAUGGUAGUUUAUAUAUGAAACAUUUAGUUUGCAGUAAUGAAGGAUUUGGGAAAAGUGAGUCAUCGAAGGGCAUAACAAGGACAGGUUGUGGUGCUCGUGUUCAAUUCAGUGUUAGUAAAGAAGGGAUUUGGAUAGUGCAAAAGAUUAUAGUAGAUCAUAAUCAUUAUCUUGCUAGUCCAAAUAAGAAGAAAAAUUUAAGAUCCCAACGACGUGUCACAGAAGCAGACAGAAAGCUAAUUGGACAGAUACGAGAAGCUGGGAUGAGACCUGCCCAGGUGUAUGAGUUCAUGAAAGAAUUUUAUGGAGGAGCUGACAAAGUGCCAUACUCGAGGAUGGACUGCAACAAUGAGAUUGGCCGUGAGCGCAAGAAAUACUUAGAAUCUAAUGAUGCACAAACACUAUGCAACUACUUGAAGAAUAAGCAACGUGAGGAUCCUACAUUUUUCUAUGCAAUUGAUAUAGAUCAGGAAGAUGGACCCAAUAAAGGUCGUAUAGCUAAUUUCUUUUGGGCAGAUGGUCAGUCUAUCGUGGAUUAUGGAUGCUUUGGUGAUGCUGUGUCAUUUGACACCACCUUUCAAACUAAUAAGUUUGAAAUGCCUUUUGCUCCAAUCCUUGGUACAAAUCAUCACAAGCAAACCGUAAUUUUUGGAGCUGCACUUUUAUUUGAUGAAACAAUUCCAUCAUUUGUUUGGCUCUUUGAAACUUUUUUAACAGCAAUGUCAGGCAAGCAUCCGAGCACAAUUUUCACUGAUCAAGACGCGGCCAUGGCAGGUGCAAUUUCUUAUGUAUUCCCAAACACAAGCCAUCGUCUUUGUAUAUGGCAUAUUUAUCUUAAUGCUGCUAAACAUCUCGGACAUAUAAUUCAAAAGCAUAAGGAGUUCCUACCUGCUUUUAAGAGUUGUGUCUAUGAAGACAGAUCAGAGUUUUGCUUCAAUAAGAAGUGGAUGGAGUUGUUGCAGGAGUAUCACCUUGAGGAAAAUGAAUGGGUCUCAAACUUAUAUAAUUUGAGGAAAAAAUGGGCUAUUGUAUACCGUGACUCUUUUACAGCUGACAUGACCUCUACCCAAAGGAGCGAAGGAAUGAAUAAUGUCUUUAAGAGAAGAUUUCGAAGAAAGCUUGGUCUUUCGCAGAUUUUCAUUCACGUAGAAAAAUCCUAGUUGCUUACAACCCAAAGUUACCUAUGUUGAAGACUGCAGCUGAAUCAUAUACAAGGAGGAUGUAUUUGGAGUUUGAGACAAAAUUUAAAGAUCAAUUUUUAUUAAUUGGUCGGUUGUUAAGAACUGAGGGAUCAAUCUUAACAUAUAUGGUUAUGAAUGUACAAUCCGAUCAUGUUCUUGGAGCAACAGUUGUAUUCAACAUUGAAGAUUUGGCUGUCACAUGUUCUUGCAGAAAAUAUGAAUCCAU